GGGAAAAGGGACACUUCCAGCGUCCUGAGUGGCAGCACUAGGGCGUUUACUCUUUCUACCACCUUCCUUCUUUACCCCUCCUUUCGCUCCUCCAUCGACACCAGUCCGCUUUACAAAGGUCUUGAACGAAAACGGGUUGCCUUCGCUGCCUUUGACGUCUCCGUCCGCCGCCAUCAUGCAAACCACGCCUCUCGUGUGAGCACUUUGACUCUGCGCACGCGCACAACUACAAAAGCCUCUGAAAGGCCGGUUCAGUGAAACCUAAUCGAGGGCUGAUCACGAUGUUUCUCUCGCGGGGGGUUGCGCAGACGGCAGCAGGAGCGAGGCGACUCCUGACUACCUCUGCCGCAGGCUGGGCACCAUCUCAGAUGCCCCCCUGUGACUUCCAGCCCCAGCCAUAUACCGUGAGCCGCUGCUCAGCUGUGCAUGCUUAUCUUCUAUCUCCUACACCUCACACGUGUCGUAUUAGCCACUGCUGUUGCAGUGCAUGUAUGUGUGCUACAACUGCAGGGGUUGUCGUAUGAUGAGACGCGGGCUGUUCGCAAGGAGAAUCUGAACCCUGGGAUUCUAACCUACUACAAGAACCCAGUUUUGAUACACCAGGGACACAUGCAGUGGCUGUUUGACCACACUGGAAAACGCUACCUCGACCUCUUCUCUGGUAUAGUCACUGUCGGCGUUGGACACUGUCACCCGAAGGUGAACAAGGCACUCAAAGAUCAGGUGGACAGACUGUGGCACACGACCAACAUCUACAUGCACCCAACUAUACACGAGUAUGGCAAGAAACUGGCCUCAAAGUUUCCUGGAAAACUGAAGGUGACCUUCUUCACCAACAGUGGUAGUGAGGCCAACGAGCUGGCAGUCUUGAUGGCCAGGUUACACACUGGAAAUUUCGACAUUGUCUCUCUCAGGAACGGUUAUCACGGAGCUGGCCCAUUUGUGACGAGUUUGACGUCACUAUCGACAUGGAAGUACCCUGUCCCCGGCAACAGUGGGUUCCUACAGGUGAGUCUCCUUGCCUCUUGUCUUGAGAGCUCUUGCGUGUGGAGAAAACAGUAU